UAAAAUGAUUUUGUUGUUUUAGGGUACAACUGAAAUGGAGGAUAAGUGGCUAAAAGAAUAUGGUAACGUUUUCGUGUGGUAUUUUGGUUGUAUGCAGAGUAUAACGGUCAAAGAUCAAGACAUACUGAAGGCGGUACUCAUCAAAGACUUCUCACAAUUCUGUAACAGGAAAUUGCUGGAUACGUCCCCAAGUCCUCUGGAUAAAGGAAUAUUCUUCCUGAGAGACACUGACUGGAAACGGGUCCGAUCUAUCAUGAAUCCGACGUUUAGUUCUUCAAAACUGCGGACGAUGAGUGACGAUAUAAAUAAGUGUGCGAGGAACCUGGCGGAGAACUUACUGAGGUGUACGGAGAUUGACGAAAGCAUAGAAAUAAAAGACUAUUAUGGCGCCUUUACAAUCGAUGUGAUCUCCAUGACUGCCUUUGGUUUGGACGUAGAUUCACAGCGAAAUUCAGAUAAUCAACUCAUCCAUCACAUGAAAAAGAUAUUCAACAACGCGUCGGUUCCCAUCCCCGUGUUUCUGUGUGCUAUAUUUGGGGAUUGGAUGAUGACUCUUCUAAAGUAUUUGAAGAUUUGUUUCUACCCACGUGACUCCAUGGAAUUCUUUAACAGAGAAGUACGAAUGAUGAUAGAGGAACGGAAGAGAAAUCCUACGAAUCGAACAGAUUUUUUACAAUUGAUGAUCAAAGCAUCACUUGAGAUUCCCGAUGCGAAUGCAAAUGAAAAAGCUGAAAGGAAAAUGCUCUCUACAGACGAGAUCAUCGGUCAGGCGUUUCUGUUUUUCCUGGCUGGGUAUGAGACGACAGCAAGCUUGCUGAGUUUCACCGCCUACGAGAUGGUGUGCAACCCAGAUGUACAGGACAGAAUUUAUGAGGAAAUUGUCGAGCAGCUAGGAGACGAGGAACCGACAUAUGACAAUAUCGGUAAACUGAAAUACAUGGAACUGGUUUUGAAUGAAACCUUGAGACUAUAUCCGACUCUCUCCAGGAUAAAUCGUGAGGCUGCCAAAACCAUUGAAAUAAAUGGAGUGACUAUUCCUAAAGGAUCAGCGGUUACUAUCCCAAUUAGGGCUUUGCAUCAAGAUCCGGAAACCUACCCGGAACCCACAUUGUUCAAACCGGAAAGGUUUAUUGACUUCAAACCGAACCAGAACAACAUCAAUUUCCUGCCAUUUGGCCAUGGUCCGCGAAUGUGUAUUGGAAUGCGGCUUGCCUUGAUGGAAGCAAAGAUAGCCGUGACGCAUGUCCUACGUCACGUCCGGUUUGUGCAGGCUAUUGACACUGAGAUUCCGAUAACGCUGAAGGAUAUGGGACUGACGGUCCCAAAAACUCCUAUCCGAUUAAAGGUCAAACCACGGAAGGCAUGACGACAGGGGUAAAUGGGUAAAAACGAAAUCCGGUGUUUAUGAACUGUUCUUCUACUUUGUUAAUUUGUUAUACUCAUAUAAUAACUAAUAUAGAAAUUAGGACCAGUUGGUGUUCAGACAGAAUAGAUGUUAUUUAGGACUGUAUUGCCUAAUUUGUUUUAGCUUAUUGUUAUAUUAAUUUUCAUUAGGGAUCAGCCAUAACUCCUUUAACAAGUCAUAUGUACAUUAUCUGACCUUGUCAAACUUGUAAAUAUAAUAUCUUGUUCAAUAUGCAUCAACUGCCAGUUUUUGUAUACAUAUAUGUAUCCGUAUACCUCGGCACCAAAUGUCUUUAUCGCAUGCUCAGGCAACUCAUUGUAACGUUUAUGGCUGAAAAUGACUGUGGUUUGCUAGCAGAACAGAAGGACGUUAUUUCUCUUGCAUCAUCCGAAGCAUCACAGAUCUGCGAGUCUUUACCAAUGGUAUACAAUACACAGUAUAAAAAGCAACACAUUGCCGUUGUCAUGUCUAUGAAGAAUUUUACUGUGUUUAAUGGUCACAAAAUCUUCUCCUUGGCUGUGCAAUAGCGAAUAAUUGAGAUGUCAUAAAUAUAACGAACGAUAUCAGUUCAGUCGCCUGUGUAGUUCGCCCGUUGUUAGUAUGAUAUGACCGGGUACAAUGCUAUGCUGGGUGUCCUCAUCAUGUUAUUUCAAUGAGAUGGCAAUAUAAAGUCAGCAUCAGAUCCGCCCUGUCGCAAGGAGGUUAGUCAACCAGCAUCAUAUACCCUACCACCAGCACACGUUCACAUAUACACGCAUACAUUACGCACGUGGAGGCACGAUCUCAAAUUGACUGUUGAUAGGACGUCAAACCAUAUAAAACUAACCUAUGCCAAACCUAUUAUUAAUUCAUUGAACAUUUGCCUCAUAUUUAAAGCAAUACUUUUUUAAGCAAAAAUUUAGCGUAAAUUGAAAUGUAAUCAUUCACUGAAUUUCUUAUAAUCUAUUAAUAUUUUGUAUGAUUUUCCAUGGGCAAGCAUUGACUACAAAUUCGACCAUUUGUUUAUAUACAUGUAUAGCAUAAGGCAUUGAAUGAGACACUAAUGUUAACGUUCUCGCGAGUAAAUAUAAAGUUUCAUUCAGCAAAGCUACACUAGUUGUAUGUUAUAAGUACACACUUUUUUACUAAAUGUUAAUUUGGCAUAUAUUUUAAGGUUAACUUUGGCUUCUUCUUAAAAGAAAAUAAAAAUGCAUUGAACAUGCCCAGUAAAUUCUUUUAAUUCAUUCCAUGUACAUAUCGUUAAGUAAUAUAAGUGUUAGUGUUUGAGCUCUUCAAACGUUUGUAGUUAUAGUAGUUUCCGGGUUAUCUCCCUUUAUCUAUACCUGUGUAACAUUUUUUAUUGUGUUGUUACAGCCUUAUGACUAUAUUGAUUUCUCCAUUGAAACUCAGUGUCGGACCCAGGAGGGGUUUUGGGCUUCAGGAAACUCCCCCACCAUGAGAUUUUCUUUAAAAAUCAUGUAUUUUCACCAUUUUCCUCAAUUUUCCCCCCCUUGGAACCCCCCCCCCCCCGGAAAUUUGGAACCCUCCAAAUAGGUCUCCGGAUCCGCCACUGAAACUGAAUAAUGUUAAAAGCCUUGUUACUGUCUUACUGUUACUUAAAUGCUGUAGUGAUACAUAUUCAAUAUUACAAUGUAUAUUAUGAAAGUGUUCCUUAUGACAGCAUGUCUGUGUUUUAACAAUCUGAUACACUUACGUACUAAACGUCACUGCAUAAUUAAUACAUCACGCUCUAUAACCGUCGUACAGUCGUGAACUGUUAUAAACAUUAACACUCACUAUCUACAGUCUGGACCCGUUUAAUCCAACUUGUGUUUCUAGUUACCCUACCUAGUGAUUAAAAAUCCCAGUUAGUUGGCCUGAUUAUUAGGACAAUUCUAUAGAGCAAUAUGUAAAUAUGUUCCCAAAGUUAUGACUGGAUGACGGAUUGUACGGACAGUAUCCAAAUGAGAUUGUUAGAUUCGCCGCCAUCACCUUAUAAUUAAAUUUUAAUGCAACAUUUUUGUUAUGUGUAACGAAAUGGUAGUUGGUGUGCCGGUCUACUGAGGCAGCGGAUGGGGCGUGUGGUGAGAUGACUAGGUUUACCGGGAGUAAAUUGUUACCAUCUGUGUACUUGUGUUAUGGUAAUGUCAUCAAAGACUGCCUCUACUGAUGGUAGCCGUGUUCAACAAGUGACUUCAUAUGUUACCAGCCUAUCUUGUAUACAAUACAUAACUCCGUGUAGCUAAUAUGUCGAUGGUCUGAUGAAAAUGAGCUCUUUCCUCAGUAAAGAACUGUUACACUGUAAGUUAUACUGAAUGUGUGUAUUUUUUAUGAUUUUUAUUUUUGUUUUUGUUUUUUACGGCAUCAUUCAUUUGACAUUUGAGAACACAUUCUGCACAUUAAUUAUAUUUGGAGUAUAUUUUUUUUCCUGUGAACUUGCGUAAACCGCGAAUUUAAAAACCACUUAAAUAAUAUGUGUACAAAAAAUAGUAAUACGUAAAACACUACAAAAAUACAGAAAGCUAUAGCGACUUACAGUUUUAUAUAGAAAUAUAUAUAGAGACCAGCCAAAAAAACGAUUACGUGUUAAUAUAACAGCAGAAGUCUACAAACGUUUAAAACACGUGUAUAUAUGUAGUAGGUAAACAAACAUUUAAAACAAGUGUCUAUAUGUAGUAGGUAAACAAACGUUGAAAACACGUGUAUAUAUGUAUUAGGUAAAGAAACAUUUAAAACACGUGUUUAUAUGUAGUAGGUAAACAAACAUU